AUGGUAGGCCACACCUUCUCUGACAGACCAGCUUCGAAUCCUACAUGGCGGGCGAAACGAAAGCACUGGGAGGAAUCGCUGGUCGAGGAGGCCAGCUCGGAGGGACAAGGACGGAUUCCCAAGCAGGUCCAGGACAUCAAAAAGUUCCUCGAGGUGGCACGUCGGAAGGAUGCGACUCUCGCUCGCAUCAAGAAGACCACCGUCCGGGCCAACACCACCGCCUCUGCCAAGGGCAAGGCUGCCGGCAAAUCCCACACCGUCACAAAGUUCAAGAUCCGGUGUUCGCGAUACCUCUACACACUCGUUUUGACCGACUCGGAGAAGGCAGAGAAGCUCAAGCAGAGCUUGCCACCAGGGCUGAAGGUUGAGGACGACUCUGCCAAGACUGCGACCAAGAAGAAGUAG